AGUCAUCAUCACAAGGAUACGCCGGUCUUGAACCUUAUUCCGAGCUGACUGACGCCUACGAUUUACGUGGUUGUUUUGGUGAGAUGAGUCGCAUGCAGAACGGCCACAUACCAAUUCCCCUGAAGAGGCCAAGCGAAGAAGAAGAUUCCAUUGACUCGGAAAAUACUACGGUGCACAAGUACAACUACAACCACCGCUACAGCAACAAUAGCAGCAGCAGCAGCAGCAGUCCAACUAAUCGCCCUCCCGAUAUUGAGAAAUGUCAGCCCUACCGGGGGUAUAGGCAACACGACGAUGAUGAUGAUGAUGACGAUGACACGGAGAUUCUGAGCAAUGCUAGUGGUGAUAAUAGCAUUAAUAGUAAUGGACGACUAAGGUCAAGGGUGGUGACGCUCUACGCGGCAUGUUAUGUCGCGUUCGCCAUCCUGUCAUUCUUCUCCGCCACUUAUUACUUUUUGUGCUGGAUGCCGUAUGAACCGUCUAACAGUAAUCCGUUUCCGGGCCGUCAUCGGUGAAUGCAUAAUAUCACUACCUACCUAUUUACACAAUUGAUAAAGGGGGAUGCGCAUAUCGG